AUGUUUAACUCGGUCAACCUGGGCAACUUCUGCUCGCCUUCGCGCAAGGAGAGGGGUGCUGACUUCGGCGAGCGAGGGAGCUGCGCCUCCAACCUCUAUCUGCCCAGUUGCACUUACUACGUGCCUGAGUUUUCCACCGUCUCCUCUUUCCUGCCCCAGGCCCCCUCUCGUCAGAUCUCCUAUCCCUACUCAGCCCAGGUGCCCCCCGUCCGGGAGGUCUCCUAUGGCCUGGAGCCGUCCGGCAAGUGGCACCAUCGGAACAGCUACUCGUCUUGCUAUGCGGCGGCCGACGAGCUUAUGCACCGAGAGUGCCUGCCUCCUUCCACAGUCACUGAGAUCCUCAUGAAAAAUGAAGGCUCCUACGGCGGCCACCACCACCCCAGCGCCCCGCACGCGGCCCCCGCCGGCUUCUACUCCUCAGUCAACAAGAACAGCGUCUUGCCCCAAGCCUUCGACCGCUUCUUCGACAACGCCUACUGCGGUGGCGCAGAGGCGCCUGCCGAGCCCCCCUGCUCAGGCAAGGGCGAGGCCAAGGGGGAGCCUGAGGCGGCCCCGGCCUCGGGACUAGCGUCCCGGGCAGAGGCUGGUGCUGAGGCCGAGGCCGAGGAGGCGAACACGAAUCCCAGCUCGUCUGGUUCUGCCCACUCAGCCACCAAGGAACCGGCCAAGGGAGCCGCCCCCAACGCCCCCCGCACCCGCAAGAAGCGCUGCCCUUAUUCGAAAUUCCAGAUCCGGGAACUGGAGCGAGAGUUUUUCUUCAACGUGUACAUCAACAAAGAGAAGAGACUGCAGCUGUCCCGGAUGCUGAACCUGACUGAUCGACAAGUGAAAAUUUGGUUUCAGAACCGAAGGAUGAAAGAAAAAAAACUGAGCAGAGACCGGCUGCAGUAUUUUUCCGGAAAUCCGCUGCUGUAA